UGACGAGGACAAGAAGUCGCAAGCAGUCACAUUCACGAGCAGCACAGUGCGAUCCUCGACUACACUCUCACCUGCCUCGACAAUCGCCUUUGGCGCCCCAUGUGUAGUUGGCGGCUAUACAGCCAUGCGCCCUAUGCCCAUCCGACGACGCUUCAUUCGUUUGACCCUCUUGACCGACGUGCUCAUGUCGCGUGUUUGCGAUGGUGCGAGGAGGAUGAGCGAUGGCACCAUCGUGACCAGCGCGCAGGUGCAAGUGACGUGUACAGUCCGACAUCAUUCCUCAUGGCUGUUGCAAUGACAAUCACGAUAUACCAUCAAAGGGACAGAAAGCGAGCUGAAAGGCGCUUUUCAUGAUUCACGUUUCAGGAUCUUGAAUCUGCAAGGCUGGUUGCACUCGCGCAGGUUGAAGGGAUGU